AUCUUCCUACGGUAUGGGGUCAACACCCAAGGAUGGCGGAGUCCUGGCCUUGUGCUUGACUUCACUUGUGUCACUGCUGUAUGCAGCAAGUGCAGCUUCGACAUCAUCCGUUGUUCCUGCCAAUGGGAUGUCCUCGCACAGCAAGGACACUGGCGUGCAAAGCAACAACGAGCCAGAUUGGGUCAAAUGCAAGGCAUAUACAGGAAUCAAGAAACGCCUGGAGGUUUUGGCUGGCUCAGGUUGGGACACGCUAAACAACAAACAAAUGGGCUAUAUCGUCGACCUCAGCUACAAGAAUUGCGAAACGACACCGGACAAUCAGUAUCUACUACCGGACACUAUGGUCGCCAUUCCCCUGAAGACUAGCGGGCUACAAUUCUUUUCAGAAGAGAUCUCGUCCUUCACCAACUACAAGAGCGCUACUUCGCAGUCGAUGAAUCUGCAGGUGAGCUCACCAUUUGCAAGUGGCAGCUUCUCUGAGGAAUAUCACCACAACAAACAAGAGCAACACUCGCACAAAGCGAAGACGAUGCGCACGCAAAUCCGCCAUGAAAUCUACCGGGUGAUGGCAAAACCAGACGCGACUCUCGCGCCAGAGCUCAAGAACCGCCUGCUUGUUGUUGGCGAAAUGCUUCACACCAACAGAUCCAAGGCAGCAACUCACGAAAUCGAGCUCAUCAUCAGAGAUUUCGGGACACAUAUCACCAGAUCGGUUACGGCAGGUGGAAUAUUUCUACAAGAAUCUCAGGUCGUAAGUUCAUCCGACAGCAAAUCGGAAAGUGAAUCAUACAGCGUUAAGGCUCAAGCCGCUGCUUCCUUCUUUGUGUCUGUGGGCGUUAGCAGCUCCUACGACAAAGGAGAGUCAUCAAGUGAAAGCUAUAAGCACAAUGUGAAACAAUCUUCAACCAGGACUUACGGUGGACCAGCGUACAAGCCAAACAUGACAAUCAACACCUGGGAGAACGGACUGAGAGACGCGCUGGUCUCCACUGACAGGAUUGGUGACCCGAUCGAAUACGCCAUCACGCCGUACGCCAUGCCUGAGCUGCCAGCACCCACAGUCAUGGAAAUAUCCGACAGAGUGGCACAGGUUUCGCAGAACUAUGUCAUGUUCAACACCCAUCCAGGCUGUACCGACGUCACGUCCCCCUUCUUCGACUACAGAGCCAACAUUGAAGAUGGAACUCUGUGCAAAGGAGCGCCAAACCAAUACCUUUUCGGCGGCGUGUUUCAGACAUGUGAAGUCGACAAUCCCAGCAAGAUCAGCCUGUGUGAUGAGCUGAGACAAGAAAAUCCGCUCACAGGUAACUACUCAUGCCCACAGGACUUUGAGCAGGUACCGCUGUAUACUGGCGGACAAACGUACAACUGGCAUGAGCCAACGUGCAGACGGCAAACGUACAAGUGCGGCAUGUGGAAGAAGAAGUGUCAUCGUCAGAUAUGCCGUGCAGAGUACUUUGGAGCUACGGCCACUUUCACCAUGCACUGGUGCAUGGCUUUAACAGUGACAUCUGGACCGAUCAAAAAGGGCUACCUGUUUGGUGGCAUUUAUGCCGCACGAAGUCCCAAUCAUGUGACUCAAACCAGGGACUGUCCGAAGCAUUACUAUCCGCUGAAGAUGGGCAGCGAUAUAAGCGUCUGCGUCUGUAGCGAUUAUGAUGUGGGAAGAAGCGCCAGUGUGCCAUUCGCGGGCUUCUUCAGUUGCAAGACGGGCAAUCCGCUUACGUUGCUAAGUAGUAGCCGGACAGCUUCUAGCCUUGACGAGCUGGGUUUCGACAACCUGAGUGGGCCCAGCAGCUGGCCACGAUUCUGCCCAGUCGGCUACGCACAGUACCUUGCCAGCGUGGACGGCACAUGUCAGAUAAUGUACUGCACCCGGUUUCAGCCGGCGAGUCAUGGCCGACUGCUCCUCCACCGGCCGCCCUACGGCAAACCCUACCCGAUGCCGGGUAAUGGCACCCUGGACACCACGUCCAUUGUGUCUCCGGGUGGGCAGAGCUGGCACAAGAACACUACGACGGGAGCUUGGAAGAUGGACCGUAUGGAUAUGAUAGUACAGAGUGCUUCAGACAUUCCAGGUCUCAGCGAGGAGCAAGCGUACAUGGUGUAUGCAGCAGCCUGUGCUGUGGCUAUUGUCACUCUUCUUGGCAUCAUCAUUGCCUGCUGCAAACGCCGGAGAAAACGUCAGAAAGCGCUCAAUUCACCGAAGGCACCUUGCUCGCCACCGACUAGUAACUUUGCAUUGCUGCACCCACGGCGGGCUUUCGGAGAUGGCAAGACCAGUAUGGCGACCUCACUAGGUACCAGGCCGGGAAGGAUUCUGUCGGAGGAUACGCUCUAUGCGGCCGAUACUGGUGAAUAUGCCACUGCUUCUGCUGCUGGUGGCGGUGGUGGCGCUUCCCCGAUGCUAUGGUAUCAGGAAUAUCACCCAAGGAGUGCUGGCGAGACAGUUGUCACUCGCAGGAACAAGCCGGACUGGACAGGUGAACAAGACUACGGUGAUGAAAGCGACCCGCGAGGCUUCGGGCAUGCAACGACCGGCACGGCUAGCCCGCUCGGUGCCAUGCCAGGCGACAUUCUGCCCGAGGACUCUGCUGGUGACUAUGCCACUCCUGCUGGCUCUUCCCCGAUGUUACGGGACGAGUAUCACUCAGCAAGCACCGGUGAUACUGCUAUGACUCGCAGAAGCAAGCAGGACCACGCAGAUGAAGAAGACAAUGGCCAGUGUACAGGGAAGGAAACGAAAAUUUGACGCAACCAGCAAAUCUUCACAAUGAUUGCAUGUGCCCUUGAACCUUCCCCACCCCUCAUGAUAAAUACAAUCAUGAGAACUAUAAUUAUGGUAUGCAUUUCUUUUUUCCAUUUUAUCAUGCAAUUGCGAGUGUAGUUAUUCCAGGUUUCUUACUAGCCACCACACCACAACCAUGAGGGCUGCUGCUUACCCCAUUAUUUAGUUAUUCUAGGUGGCGAAUUUAGUCACUCCAUAAAAGUAAUAAUUAUUGUUGGCCUAGGGUUGUUGGCCAUGUUCAGAAUUACGAGAUGAGUGGCUACUAUUAGAUGAUCUGUUUUGCGGCGCAAAGUUCAACUGCUUACAUUCUAAAUUUUGCUCUUCCAUGUGCAGACCGAAAACACACCACAGGAACAUACUUCCAGUACGCAUCCUCCCCCCAGGUCCGGGAGAUCAAUUUGUUCUAUUACAUACCAAUAUGGGGCUGUGAUUGUGAGGAAGUAUUUAAGUUCUGUCAGUGCAAAAGACACUUGCCACUCUCAGUCAGCAUGCUGGGUACACUUCUUUCUCUCUGCAAUAUGCCAAGCAAACUGGAAUGAC